AAAAAGAUUCAUUCUCGAUACAGCAAUCUUGAGUUUAUAUAAAUCAGAGGAUCAAACUCCAUGUUAUGUUCGUACCCAGCUGGACGACCGAUUCUGAACAGGAGGGGGAGUGGGAGAAGGUCAUGGCAGGUUUGUUCGACAAGCAAGCAGAAGUGUACGCCAAGGCGAGACCGACUUACCCUAGGGAGCUGUACGAGAAGCUAGCUGCUCUCACCCCUGGCCACACCUUGGCUUGGGAUGUCGGCACCGGCAAUGGCCAGGCAGCAAUCGGGGUAGCUCAACACUAUGAGCAGGUGAUCGCGACGGACGUGAGCGAGUCGCAGCUGAAGCAUGCGAUGCCACACCCACGAGUUCAAUACAUUCACACUCCCCUGUCCCUCUCCGACGAAGAACUAGUGACAACUUUAGGGGGCGAGAACUCAAUCGACUUGAUCACAGUGGCUACAGCUGCUCAUUGGUUCGACCUCCCGAUGUUCUACUCCCUCGUGGACCGGCUUCUGCGCAAGCCCGGAGGCCUAGUGGCUGUCUGGACCUACCAGGGGUUCGAAGUGAGCCCAACCUUCGAUCCAAUCCUAAAACGAUUCACCGACACGACUAUGCCUUAUUGGAAGCCGAAUGCUCAAUACGUGUUCGACCAGUACAGGACACUCCCAUUUCCUUUCGAGAGCGUGGGUCUGGGCUCUGAGGGGAGCCCGUAUAUGAUGGAGCUGCACAAGGAGAUCUCGUUCGAUGGGUUCAUGCAGUUACUGAAGUCGGUAUCUGCGGUCACCACAGCAAAAGAACAUGGCAUUGAUCUGUUGUCCGAGGAGGUCGUGAAGGAGUUCGAGCGGGCUUGGGGUGGACCCACGCUAGUGAGGUCCGUCAUGUGUAAGCUUUUUAUGCUAACAGGAAGAGCGAGGAUAUAAUGUAACUAUAUCGUGAUGGCAAGGAAGGGCCACGAGUUCCAUUGUGCUCCGAUGCUUCGAUAUCUAGUUGUACUCAGGAUCGGCUUUCUUAUACAGAGCUAUCUUAUUGAGUAUAACAGUGAUAUCAAUAUCUAUAUCUAUACUAUAUACAUAAAAAGCAGGCGAUGUUUGUCUAAUUUUUAUUAUUUCAAAAUGUUGAUGUCCUCUCGUGACUUUUCGUUGCAUC